AGAUUAUUGCGAGGAGAAAGAUAAGGAAAAAUACUUGUCACCGAUAGGUUGUGCUUUCCCGUUUUGUGACCCAAAGCAUUUUUUCCUUUUCAAAGUUGCAUUUUACAGACUAAAGGGCCCGAAGUGAACGACAAAUUUUUGUUAGCUUUCAGUCGAUAGUGUGAAACUUGUGUAGAAACGGAUUGUUGUGUUGCGGUGGCACCAAGUGCGUUAAAACUUCGGUAUAAAAUACCAAACCUCGAUUACAAACGCUGUUGUAAGCAGAGCCGUGCCAGUAUACCGUCCUCGGUUUUCAUACGGACGUUUCUGCGUUUAGUUGAUUUUCAUUUGGCUGAAUAGAACGAAACAAAGGAUCCUUCAAGAACAGAAGUUUGUAAUUGUGCAAAUUUUGUCACGCAAAAAUGGCGGAUCAAACAAAUCAAAAUUCUACUCAGGAGCCGGCGCGAAGCAAGUUUCUGCCCUUGGAUGUGAACAAUGCAAACUGCGACCGGAAGCGACCGUCCAAAAAGCUUAGCUUUCAACCGACCCCGGCACCAGGUUUUACCGUGACUAACUCUACGUUGUCCGAUAAAACCCGGGAUCGGAUCAAAGCUCAAGCCACUGGAAAACUUCAGAUCACGCCCGACCAGAUCUUUGACUUUACGGCAGACGAUCUGUUAGACGAAGGCGAAAUAGGUCGUGGGGCGUUCGGAGCCGUUAAUCGUAUGAAAUUUAUUCGAACCAAUACGACAAUGGCUGUCAAGCGGAUCCGAUCGACGGUUGAUGAAAAAGAGCAGAAACAGCUACUAAUGGAUCUGGAAGUGGUCAUGAAAUCGAAUGACUGUAAUACGAUUGUGACCUUUUACGGGGCGCUGUUUAAGGAGGGCGAUUGCUGGAUUUGCAUGGAACUGAUGGACACGUCGCUUGAUAAGUUCUAUAAAUUCAUCUGCGACUGUCAGAACUCCCGUAUUCCGGAAGCGAUUCUCGGUCAGAUCGCACUGGCCACCGUGCAGGCUUUGAACUACCUGAAGGAGAAGCUGCGGAUUAUUCAUCGGGACGUAAAACCGAGUAACAUUUUGCUGAAAUCGAACGGAGACAUCAAGCUGUGCGAUUUUGGCAUUUCCGGACAGCUGGUGGAUUCGAUUGCGCGAACCAAGGACGCCGGCUGUCGGCCGUAUAUGGCGCCCGAACGAAUCGAUCCACAUCGCGCCAGGGGAUACGACGUGCGCAGUGAUGUCUGGUCGCUUGGAAUCACGCUAAUGGAGGUGGCCACCGGAAAGUUCCCCUAUCCCAAAUGGGGCUCCGUUUUCGAGCAGUUGUCACAGGUAGUGGAAGGAGAUCCCCCUAGACUGCAAUCAUCCUACAACGGUAUGGAGUUUUCGGCAGACUUUGUAAAUUUUGUAAAUACUUGCUUAAUCAAAGACGAAAAGGACCGACCGAAGUACGGCAAACUACUGCAGCACUCGUUCCUCCAGCGCGUGCAGCAGGCUCACACGGACGUGUCGGCGUACGUAAGCCAAAUUCUGGAAUCGAUGGCUAACAAUGGCAUCACACCGUUCACUACGAACCUGCCGGCGGAGCGCUGGAACGAAAGUUUCAACUAGGACACUCUGUCCUAGGUCUGCUAUAGGUUCGAAAUCGCCGCUCUACGCUUUCCUACGUCUUGUUUUAAUUUCCGUGUAAGAUUCGUAUUAGCUAACCGCAGCAAAGCUGCAUAGAAAGUGAUUAGGUCGUCAGGUGAGUUUCUUCUUUAUCACAAGAUAUAAGGUGGAAAAGCUUGCACAUGUUAGGAUUAUUAUUGCCUCGUGUGUAUGUCGGUAAAUGUGAUAGCUGCGUUUGUUUCGGUGUGUUGAUUGAUUGGGUGUAGGGGGGGGGGGCGAAGUUUUGGGUUAUUGCUUUCAAACCUGGAUCCUCCAAAUGGGACGCUGUGCGGUGAGGGGGAGAGAAAAAGGUUUGCCGAGGACAAUAAAUUGUCUCCCAAUAUUUUGCGUUGUACAACUUUAGUUCGUUUUCUAUGGAUAUACUGGGAAAAGAUUCUGUUUUGUGAAACCAAGUACUGAGUGAAUGUUUGUGAUGCGUGUUUGCGCGAAAAAUUGUGAUUAAACUGUAGAGAUUGAAUAAUUUUUAAAUAAAAUCUAUGAAAUAAAUAAAUAUGAAGGUACGUACGGAUUACUAAUUAAAACCCAGAGUUAGCUGAUGAAAUAUCAGAGACAAGGAAACAAGAAAAAACUAGUUGUUGUUAGUUGUUGAAUAAAUCAAUUGAUUUUGAACGCUAAAAAUAGUUGCUUUUUAGAGGAGAAGUGGUUCCAACAGGAGGAUAACAGUUGAUUAAAUCGGAAAAACGAAACGUUUUUCUACUACAAUAAAAUGCUAAAUUACCUGCUUAACGUAAAUUUCAUGAGAUUUACAAUCCUAUAAAAUAAUCGUCAUGUAGUAGCAGCUUUGUAUAUUUUUAUCAGCGCUGAAGAUUUAUGUACUGUUGUUUAUUUUUUACUGGGGAUUCUGUUUUAUUCAAAGAUCAAUCUGCUAACGACUGGCUGAACUAGUUUUCAUGCAAACAACUAGUAUAUAUGUUGAAGCAGCAGCUGCUUUAUACGUUGUUCAUCCAGUUCCAGUAAGAUUCUUUCAGUUGUACCGACUAAUCGAAAACCAAGCAGCAUCCCUAAUUAGCUCGAGAUCAUCUCUUCAUUUUAGCAAGCCAGAGCCUUUAACUUACUUCUUCCGGAGCUUGAGAACUAAGGGCUCUUUUUUCAAUGAGCUUAUCACCAGUACUACAUAAGAUAGAAAGAAAUGCAAGAGAAACAUACACAUACGACUAUGAAAUACUUAUAGAUUACUACACUACUAGAGUCAACAGGUGAAACAAAGUAACUAAUAAAUAAAUAAAAAAAAAGAAAUUUUAAACUUAGAGAGGAAGAGCAAAGCAAACCCUAUUCUAAAGCCGAACAGAAGAAGGUCAUCUUAAAUGCCAUAGAAAGAUAUGCCACAUGUUAAUUAAAAAAUUAAAAAAAAAAAAGAUGACUCAACCAACAAACAGGUACGGUUAUCGGUAGAUAAAACGAACACACACACACACACGCAUACCAACACGUAGACAAGGAUAAAUCCUUCUUCAGUGGUUCACUCUAAACUAAAUAGAAAUUAAAGUGAAUGAGUUCAACUAAUAGAGAUACAGAAACAGUAAACCAUCCUGUACGUUACGAUACUGCAGACGAGUAAGAAUAAACCACAAUGCAAUA